AUGGCAAUCCGGCCGCUCAACUCGAGCCUCAUCUUUGACCGGCGCGUCAUCUUAGGUCUCGUUGCUGCCGUCGUUCUUGCUUUCACUUUUGCCUUUCUCUAUUCGCCCGAUCUGCGUCCCAGCACCGACUGGAUGCCACCGUUGAGCACGAAACCUACCUCCCCCUUCACCCCGCCGCUGAAGAACAACGAAGACCCGUACGUUGUUGAGCUAGACUACCUAGCUAUCAGACCAAAUGUCACGGAAAAAGUCAGAUCCUACUGGAACAUACCGUAUGCGGCCGACGCAGGUGGCAAGAACAGAUUCCGGGGACCGCAGCCCGUGAACAGGACAUAUGGUAUUGGCAUUGGUGAGAAGCCUUUGGUAUGGGAUGGGGCGCUGGGCAUGUGCCCGAGGAUACAAAAGAUUGACCCAAAUCUGAGGAACAGGAAGGAUAUCUCAGGACCAGAGGUAUUGGGAAUCAAGGCACGUUCGACAGAGGACUGUCUGAGCUUAAACGUCUUCACCCCGUUCGAUGCCGAACCUGGUGACGAUCUACCUGUUCUGGUCAACAUUCCUGGCGGUGGUUUCCAUCUACCGGGACGCAGCAAUGGAGGCGAGAUGGUGGAGAAGGCGCGGCGUGAAAAGGGUGUCAACGGCAAACUCGACAAGGGCAUCGUAGUAGUCACCAUGUACUACCGCAAUGGCAUUUACGGCUUCUUGUCUGGAGAGCAGAUUGCAAAGGACGGCAACUACAACAAUGGACUCCGCGAUCAGAGAGCGGCGCUGGAAUGGGUCCAGAAGUACAUUCGCUACUUUGGCGGUAACCCCGACCACGUCGUCAUCAUGGGCACGAGUGCAGGUGGCGCAUCCGUAAUGCUGCAACUCACUGCCAACCAAGGCGACAACUACUACCCCGUCCCCGGCACCGGCCGCAAACAGCUCUUCCACGGCGCCAUCGCCCAAUCCCCCGCAAGUCCGACCUUCUUCACGACCGAACAAGCCGAGAAGUUCUACAACGAGGUAGCCUCGGGCCUGAACUGUACCGACAUUGCCUGCGUGCGCAAUGCAGCCACGGGCGAUCUCUACUACGAGAACUACCCCAUGAACUUCCCCGGCCGCAACACUCCACCCCGCUGGAUGUGGGCGCCGACCACCGAGCCCGCAGGCGGCAUGUUCACAGCCCCCGCCCCCGCGUCUAUCAUGGCAAACCGCUACGCCAAAGUCCCCACCAUCAUCGGCUUCACCUCCAACGAAGGCUCGGACCAAGUCAAGAAGACCACCGACAACGAAGCCGAAUUCAAAUCCUACCUCAAAGACCACUACCCACUCCUCACCGACGAAGACCUCAACACGCUCGUAAAAACUUACCCCAACGACCGCCACUGGCCCGACAGCGGCAAAUGGUGGGACGCCGUCGCAAAAGCCCAAGGCGACAUCCGCUACAUCUGCCCCACGUACCUAGCCUCCAACGCAAUGGCCGAGCACAACCCGCCCACUGUGCCCACGUACCAAUACCAAUGGGACGUCAUGUGGGGCGUCGACAUUGAAAACGGCUUCGGCACCAAACACGCCGGCACCGUCGGCCAAGUCAUGGUGCGUCGCCAAAACGAGAUUUCGGAUUACUUCAUCUCGUUUAUCAAGUUCCUCGACCCCAAUGUCGAACAUGAGACUAUUCCGAGAAAGGACGUCAAGAUUGCAAAGUGGGAACCGCUGGAUGCGUCGGGGAGGAGGAUGUUUUUUACGAAUAUCAAGGAGGGGGGUCAUCGGGGUGAUGGCACGGAUAUGCUGGGUCCGAUGCGUACGGAGAUGAGGACGAGGGAUGCGGAGAGGGAGAGGAAGUGUGGGAUUAUUAGGGGUAUGUUUAGGAGGUUGCAGUUUGAUGGCGUUGAGGCGGUCAAGGUGGGCUGA